GGUCAGGAUCAUUAUUCUACAGAUGAAAAUGUUUCAUCAGACCUCAACAAGGAUGACUCAGUUGUCUUUGAGGAACAAUGUGAUAAAGCGGGAGACACAAGCCCUGAGCCUCAUAGCUCGUCCUCCUCCGAGCAGUCCUCCAGAGCAAGAGGAGGGAGGUUAAGCUCCAUUGUGUCGUCCUCUGGCAGACAGACCUCAACAAGGUCUCCAAGAGACUCUAAAAACUCACCUAAGUCAUCAAAAAGCUCGAGUUCUCCUUGCUCUGAGCCCAACAAAUGCCCAACAAAACCCUCGUCCUCUGUCUCUGUUGAUCAUCAAACAGAUCAACAGAUGCACGACCAAGACAACAGCUGCGAAGCUCAACGAACUGGACCUGAGGAAGGCCACACUUUGAACAAGGAAAGCUUUCAGGUCUUGGACAGUGUUGACCAUAAAGACAGAGCCAGCCCAGAUGAGUCCAGUGAAAUGAACAGUUCCUUACAAGUUUUAGACGGUGUUACCAAAGACCAAGCAGCUACAGGUCAACCGUACAGUCACCUGGUCCAAGACGAUGGUUUCACAGUAAAGCAACUUUCUGAGGAAGAUGCAACUUCGACAGGUGCCAAAUCUGAUUCGGAGGGUAAAGGUCAAGAGACAUAUAGUGUAGAUACACAUAGUGAACAAGAACCGACGGACAAGGGAGAAGAAGACACAAGGCCAAAGGACGAAGACAAAUCUCAGGUAAUUGAUUCUUUAGAAGAUCAACAAACGACUACAAAGACUGCGUCAGAGCCUGGUAUGAAGAGAAAAGGAAACACAAGAAGGCAAGUAGAUUCUGUUGAAGGAGAACUGGUUCAAGAUGCUGCCAUAGCAGAAAGUUUUGGUAGAAGAAGGAGCGCAAGAGGAAAGAAUAAGGAUGACACUGCCAACGAUAAACCAACCGUCACAACAAGAUCUACCGGAGGAAAAAGGGAAAUAACAGCGAAGAAAGAUACCUCCAAUGAGAGAACAAAAAGGGAGGACAUGCCAGCAUUGAGGCAAACCCCUGCCAGAAAGCAAAACAUGGAAAAAGCAUCAAAGAAGGAGGAGAAAACUCCUUCAAAGGGGAGCACGCUGUCAAAGAGGAGUGACAGUGUUGUAAAAGAGGAGGGUGCUACGAAUAAGUUAUUGGACUCCGCGGAGGAAGCCGCUGUCAAGGAUGAUCAGCCUGCUUCAAGAAGAAAAGGACAAAGGGGAAGACCAAAGAAAGAAGUUAAAACAUCUGAAAGUGCAUCAGUGAAGAAGGGUGACAAUAACGCAACUGAAAAAGUGGCCGAUAAAGACGAUCACGUUCUUGACUCUGUGGAGGACGAGAUGGUUGAUGAUCAGCAUCUCACAGCACAGAAGAUGCAGAGGAACCGGAGCAGCAGCAGAGGAGGAGGCAGUGGUGGUGAAACGGAGAAAACCUCGAGAUGCACCAAACGCAAACACAAUGAUGAUACAGUUUUAGAAGAAAGCAUGACAGUAGACGAAGUGGAAGACGAAAAGGAAGGGGUAAAAACUAGGACAAGAGGACGACCCAACAAGAGAACCAAACAGACCCCCGUGAGAAAAUCUACCAGAUUGAAACAAGCGACUGUAAAAGAAAAUGAACCAGUUGGCACUGAAGCACUGCCUCCCUCUUCGGUCAAUGUCUGCUCAUCACCGCACAAACAUCUGUCUACGUUGUCAAGCGACGGCCAGCCAGAGAUACAGAAGACUGAGGUGGAAUCAGCGAGCCAAGCUGACGUUGAUGUGGCCUCUGCAGGGCAGGAGCCCAAUCCGGAAAUCCCCGAGAGCCAGAAACUGGAGGGAUGUUUGGAGCAAGGAGAGGAGGAGAGGGAAGGAUGGAUCAGAGCGGACAUGAAAGUUGCGAGUAAAUGGAGGAGGGAGCCGCUUAGACGUGAAGCGAAGCGAUCUCGUUGUCAGUCUCCUUGUGAUGCCGCCGCUGUCAAACCCAGCGACCUUCUCGGUCAGGAGUUUGUCGUCUUCAAAUCAGGGUAUUUCUGUAAUCUCUGCCGUGUUUUCUGGCCGAACGAGAGCACCGCCAAGAACCUCCACUGCAGCAGCCAGAGACACCACGACAACCUGCAGAAAUAUUACCAGAAGCUUCAACAGGAAUUUGUGUGUAAGAAGUUACACACAAAGUCCUCAAGGUUCAAUUCCUGAUUGAUUUCCAGCUUCAACGACAGGCUUUUUCCAAAUCAGUGUGCACAACCGCAAUUCCAAAAAGAGCGAAUGUGGUCUUAGUAAAGGUGUGUUCACACCGAACGCGCUGCAAGUGUUUCGUGUUGCAAGUUUACAGACAAAGUCAGUGCAAAGAUGCAAAUAGAUGCAAAUUCACACUGGGUGGUGCAAUGGUUGUUGGAAGCAAUGCAAAGACUAUAAUUUCCUUCUUAGAGUCCAUUGUACAGAAAAAUAAUUUCAAUUUGAGUGAGACUUUCGCAUGACACUGGCUGCAGUAGCCUGUCAGAGUCUAUCUGAGAUUGUCCUGAUGUUGCUGAGAUGCAGAAGUGAUGGAUAAAUAAUGACGCUGUCUGUGGACUCACACAGUCUGUCUUUUCAUUUAUAAUAAUUUAAUUGAUAUAUUUAUUCUUUUAUUCUGCCUUGAUCAUGUUUCACUUUAUUAUUAGUACUAUUGUCUCUUUAAUGUACUGCUAAUAUUCUUUGAAUUGUAUUUACUGUUAUCGUAUGAAUUGUUAUUGUUAUUUUUGUUUUGGAAUUGUUGUUUAAUUCUACUUUAUCUUUGUUUGGACAUCAGCUCAGUAGAAAAUAUUGUAAUAAUUUGAGAUUUCUGAUUUCCAUAAUCAUCAAAAUUAAAACAAA